AUGCCAAGGCGCUCCAGCAGGAAUAAGCAGAAGAGGGGCACGAAGCUGAGCCCGGUUUCCGAGCUCUCCGACGACCUCCUCGUCGAGAUCAUCUCACGGGUGCCGUUCAAGUCCACCCGCUGCUGCAAGUGCGUCUGCAGGCGGUGGCGCGACCUCGUCUUCCACCCCGAUAACCGCAAGAAGCUGCCCCGUUCAAUCCUCGCAGGCUUCUUCUACAAUAACUUCAGCACCGGACUGGCAUGUCGUUGCUACCAGAGCGUGGCGGGGAGCUGGGGCCCUCACAUCGACCCCUCCCUCCCGUUUAUACCCACCGCUACGGGGGUUGAAGUGUCGGACUGCUGCAACGGGUUCCUCCUAUGUCGACCAUCGAAUCAGAUGUGGAAUUACGUGGUGUGCAAUCCCGCCGCCAAGACAUGGGUGACCGUCCGUUCCGAAUGGGCCGACAGGGUGUCGGAGGCUCGACUCGGGUUCGACCCCGCCGUGUCUUCUCACUUCCAUGUGUUUGAGCUUACUCAUGCAUUUUCGCGGGAAACAAAAGUGUGGCGUUACAUCGAAUCGGUGAGGAUCUACUCCGCUGAAACUGGGGUUUGGACGCGUACAAGCCCUUGGGACCAGCCCGGCGCGUUUGGCACCAUCUCGAGUAGCACCUUUCUCGACGGGGUGCUAUAUGUGUCCUCCGAUGAUGGCUUUGUUAUAGCCGCCGUCGACUUGGAGGGAAAUCACAGCGUUAUUCCUUAUCCCACGCCACAUACUAGUGGUGCUCAUGUUUUUCAAUCACGUGGAAAAUUGCAUCUAGCAAAUUAUGGUCCUUCUGAACUGUCACUGUGGGCUCUUGAAGAUUCUAGUUGCGAAACUUGA